AUGUCGAGGAUAAUCCCCAUUAUUCCUGGCUCAUCAAGUCUGACCAUGUCUGAGAGCUCAGUAGCUUAUCGUGAUGGUCCCCAACUCGGUGCCGAUGGCAAGCCGUUGCCGCUCGACUUCACCCAUUAUCUCUCCGAAGUGACAAAGCGUCGCCAGGCGAGCUCGAUGAAAAAGUACUAUCGAUUCUUUCAGAUUCCCGGAAUCAAGAAUCUUGCUGGCGGUCUACCAAACACCAAAUUCUUCCCCUUCGAAACUCUCGAAGCCCAAAGCGCAAAGCCGGAAAGAUGGCAACCCACCCCGAACCACCCCUCGCCGGGAACCGACAAAAAAGACCCGGCCGCCGCCGAGCCCGCUCACAUCACCGUCCCCACGGUCUCGGGUGAGGCCAACCCCAUGAAAAAAGUAGACGUCGCCACGGCCCUGCAGUAUGGCCAAGCAGACGGCUACCCUCCUCUCCUCGACUGGGUCCGCAAGUUCACCCGCGACCACCUCCACCCGGAUGCCCCCUACAGCGGCGGCCCUGAUGUGAUCCUCACCUGCGGCUCGACCGAUGGCUUCGCCAAGACGUUGGAGGCGUUCGUCAACCCCUGGAUCGACGGCCUGAACGACCCCCGGGAACGCCCGGGGAUGCUGUGCGAGACGUUUAUCUAUCCCCAGAUUCUUAGCCAGGCGGAGCCGAAGGGCGUGCAGAUUGUGCCGGUCAAGGCGGAUGAGAUCGGUAUGUUGGUUACGGGACCGGGUGGGCUUGAGGAUGUGUUGGCGAAUUGGGAUGCGUCGAAGGGGAAGAGGCCGCAUUUGAUGUAUACUGUGACCCUCGGCCACAACCCAACCGGCUUCGUCAUCCCCGUCUCCCGCCGCAAGGAAAUCUACGCCAUCUGCAGCCGCUACGACGUGAUCAUCGUCGAAGACGAGCCCUACUGGUACCUGCAAUUCCCAUCCGCCACCGCGGCCAACAUGGCCAAGGCCAAGGCAACCGGCCAGAAGCAUUCUCAACUCCCCCAAGAAGAAGUUUCCAAGCGCUCCGUCUCAACCGGCUUCCCCUUCCUCGACUCUCUCGCCCCCUCCUACAUCUCCAUCGACGUCGACGGCCGCGUCGUCCGCCUCGACACUUUUUCCAAAACCAUCGCGCCCGGCUGCCGUCUUGGUUGGAUCACCGCCCAGCCCGAGCUCAUCGACCGGUUUGUUCGUAUCGCCGAGACUUCGACUCAGCAACCUUCUGGUUUUGUGCAGUCUUUGGUGGCAGAGUUGGUGAUGGGGCCUCAGCCUGAGGCUCCCUCCUCCUCCUCUUCCUCUUCCUCUUCCUCUUCCUCCACUACCACCACCAGCACUACUACCUCCUCUUCCAGCAGCGGCUGGUCUCUAUUCCGCUCCAGUGCCCAACCCAAGCCAGCAAAAGAAACCACCCCCUCCGGCGAAGGCUGGCAAAUGACCGGCUGGGUCCGCUGGCUCGAAGGCCUGCGCGGGAUGUACGAGCGCCGCAUGAACCGGAUGUGCACGAUUCUCGACACCGGCUCUUCCCUGAUCUCUUCAUCCACCCGCUUGCGCGCCACCACCGGUGGUACCUCAGAAAAAGGAACCCCCGGCGACUGGGAAGUCAUAACCACCACGCCGCUGUACACCUACUCCUGGCCGGAGGGGGGCAUGUUCAUUUGGAUACGGAUGCACUUUGACACGCACCCUCUUUGGCAACAUCCUCUGUUCUUUUCCGGGGAAGGAGAGAAAACAAAGGUAAUCGACGGCCCCACGCUCGGUCUAGCCCUAAUGCUCUUCUUGAUGACCAAGCCGCACCUGGUCUUGGCUUCUGCGGGGAACAUGUUCGCCGCCACGCCCCAGAUCAGGGAGGAGAUCGGAUGGCAGUAUUUCCGGUUGUGUUUUGCGGCGGUGAGCGAGGAGGACGUGGAUAGCGGUGCGCAGCGGUUUGUGGAUGGCGUGAGGGCGUUUUGGAAGAUUACGGAUGCGAGGGUGAUUGAGAAGUUGGUGGAGGAGCUGGGGAAGGCUGAUACUUCCGAAGAAGAGGUGGUGGCGAGGGUUAUGGGGCAGGAUAUGGAGGGGGGCGUUAUGGGCCACAUUGGUACCAACCUAAAGUUUGAGGCGGAUGAAGACUUUGAUAUCAGAUGA